AUGGAGACAAAAAUUAUUUCCAAGCUGGUGGAGAAGUAUAAAGAAGACUAUGUGGCGAUGAGCCGGGACAUGCGAAUUAAUGUUUACCAGUGGACUGCAACACAAUGCAGACACAAAACCCUAGGGUUUAGAGAAGGCAAUUGCUGCUCCUCUUCGAGAAAGUAUUUGAAGCACCUUAUUCCCAGCAGCAGCAGCAGCAUCAGCAGCAGCAGCAGCGGCGGCGGCGAAGCCAGCAGCAGCAGCGGCGAGGGCAGCAGCAGCAGCGGCGAAGGCAGCAGCAGCAGCGGCGAAGGCGACGCCAGCCGCAGCAAAGGGGAUACAGGCAGCAGCAGCGGCAGCAGCAGCAGCAGCAGCAGCAAGAGCAAGAGGAAGAAAAAGCAGAAGUAG